UCCUUUUCCCCUGCCUUUUUGGAAAUGAGAACGACGUUGGCUUUGCUGCACACCAUCUCAUGCUGCUGGUUGGUCAGUGCCACACUGUCAAAAACUGAUGCAAAGAAGUCGUACAAAGCUGAGGCUGACACAUCACCAGCUGAGCUUUGUGUGUUGGAGAGGGGCCUUGUUGUGUCAGACCUGCACUGGAAAGACAUAGUGAAGGAGGAAAAGAGACACUGUGUUCACAUCAAGAGAACAUUUCAAGGACCAGUGCUGGGAUAUGUCACACCUUGGAAUUCCCAUGGCUAUGACAUUGCCAAGAUGUUUGGUUCCAAACUGACUUCAGUGUCACCAGUGUGGCUUCAGCUCCGCCGCCGGGGACCUGAAACCUUUGACAUCACAGGACUUCACGAUCAUGACCCAGGGUGGGUCAAAGCAGUACGCAAGUCUAACAAAAAAGUCAAGAUAGUGCCUCGGCUGUUAUUUGAUGGCUGGUCUUACCAGGACUACAUGAAUGUGUUGGCGAGUGAAGAUGAGAUUGAAGAGCUGGGGAGUGAGCUGGUGAAUGUUGCAAAGACUGAAGGUUUUGAUGGUUUCACCUUGGAGCUGUGGAGCCAGCUGGGAGGUAACAAACGGAAGGAACUGGUGCAUUUGGUGAAACAUGUAUGUGAGACUUUGAAAGAAAAAAGAUUAGACUGCAUUCUUGUGAUUCCACCAGCUGUGACCAGUACCGGGCAGCCGGGAAUGUUUGGCAGGGAGGAGUUUGAGCAGUUGGCCCCGGUGGUCGAUGGAUUCAGCCUCAUGACAUACGACUACUCAAACAGUGCCAGACCGGGUCCGAGCUCUCCCCUGCCCUGGGUGCGAGACUGUGUUCUCCAGCUUGCACCCAACACUCAGUGGAGGCAAAAGCUCCUGCUUGGACUUAAUUUGUAUGGCCUGGAUUUUGCAAGCCAGGGAGCAGAGCCAAUCCUGGGAGGACGGUACAUCGAGAUUUUGCGAGAACACAGACCAAAAUUUCUCUGGGAUGAAUAUUCUGCUGAGCAUUAUUUCACUUACAAGAGGAACAAUGCAGUUAAGCAUGUGGUGUACUAUCCAUCACUGAAGUCAAUCUACCUGAGAGUCUCUUUGGCUACUGAACUGGGAACUGGAAUUUCCUUAUGGGAAUUGGGACAAGGACUGGAUUAUUUCUAUGAUCUUCUAUGAGAGCUGGACCUGACAACUUUGGAUAAAAGCACGUGGACCUUUUUUCCUCCCCUGGGAACACGGUGCAUCAAAUAUUCU